CGGCCCAUCCGCUAUAGGCAAGGCCCAAUAAUUAAAUCUCAGCCGUUGAAUUAAUCAACGGCUCUAGAUCCUUCAUCUUCCUCUCCCCCAAAUACCCAAAACCCUUCCUCUGUUUUUAUUAACCAGAGAAACCCCAACUUUUUCAUAAACUCUCUCCAGAGAAAACUAUAAUGAGCUUGAGAGAAAUGAGCGAAACAAAACCCAAGAGAGAUUCUGAGUACGAAGGAUCAAACAUCAAGAGGAUGAGACUCGAUGAUGAUGAUGACGUUUUACGCUCACCGACGAGAACUCUUUCUUCUUCUUCCUCUUCUUCUCUGGCUUACUCGGUUUCAGAUUCCGGAGGUUUCUGCUCCGUCGCGUUAUCUGAAGAAGAAGACGAUCAUCUAAGCUCAAGCAUCAGCUCUGGUUGUUCCAGCAGCGAAACUAACGAAAUCGCUACUCGUCUUCCAUUUUCAGAUCUGGAGGCUCAUGAAAUCUCCGAAACCGAAAUCUCAACGUUACUCACCAACAAUUUCAGGAAACAGGGAAUUUCAUCAAGCGAGAAUCUGGGAGAAACAGCAGAAAUGGACUCGGCGACGACGGAGAUGAGAGAUCAGAGAAAGACGGAGAAGAAGAAGAAGAUGGAAAAAUCACCGACGCAGGCAGAGCUUGAUGACUUUUUCUCGGCGGCGGAGAGAUACGAACAGAAACGAUUCACAGAAAAGUGAGUCUUUUUUAGACCCACACACACGCGCAUGAUAGCAGAGAUCCUUAACUUGCAGUUGUUUAAAACAUGUAUAGGUACAACUACGACAUCGUCAAUGAUACGCCGCUUGAAGGUCGGUACCAGUGGGUUAGUCUGAAACCUUAGAAGCCAUGGAAGAACAAAAAAAAAAAGAAAAAGAAGAAGAGACAGUGCUAAAGUUACACGUCCUAGUACUGUGAUUUUUGUCACAGACAGAAGAAUUUUUAGAGACAUUUCAUUGUACAGUUUUUAUCUAAUUUUAAUUUCAUCAUUAUCUUCAUCUGUUCUUCGUACCAAGAGUUUUUUUUUUUAACUAGAAGUGUUAACAUAUAUUUGAGUUUAAUUCUCUCUGUCUCGGUGAUAUUGUUGGAUUGUUCAACAAAAAAAGUGGGGUUACAACAAUUAAAAAUUGGAAUUAUUGUGUCAGUAAAGUUUCACUAAUUUUUGUCAGUUUUGUUGUAGUGAAUUUGGUGUUGUGCACA